UCAGUUGACUGAAGUCUUCUUUCAAGAAGCUACAGCUGAAUUACUGCUGCAUUCUUUAGGAAAAUAAAGCUGAACUGAGUUCUCUAUUCUCACAAAAGCUUGAGGAAAUUUUGGAUAUUUAAGUAAUAUAGUGCACAGCCGUUGCUGUUGCUUUAAGAAUAGUAAACUAUUAUGUGCUGUCUCAUCCAUGGCUGGCAUUCACCUCUCCCCCUUUCACAGCAAAGCCAUGAGUUUUUUGUUUCUUAUCUUUCCAGUCAUUUUGACUGGGCAGGGAGUGUUCCUCCUCCCCUGGUGCCUAUUCUCCAAAGGCUGUCAGCUCCUGCAGCUCUCCUGCCUCUCUACCCCCUGUAAACCACUGAAAGGGUUCUCCUUGCAGUUCCAGGCCCUUGAACCAGUCAGCUUCAACCAUGUUUUGGAUACCGAUGUAUUUACCCCGGACACCCCCGGCCUCCCGCAGAGGCGGGGCCGGCAGGGACUGCCCGGGACUCGUGGCCAGGCCUUUCCUGAGCCGGGCCACUGUGCCCAGUGAAGUCCGAACGGCAGGAAGUGGAUUUGUCCUUCAAGCUUUUCCCCUUUGAGGAUCUCCUGCCCAGCUACAGUGAUGUGGUUCUUGGAAAAGAUAAGAGCCUCACAUGAAAAUGGAAAUCUCCCCACCUCUUCCUUCCUGGGACUGCCACACGGCCAAAAUCUGCCAGAAAAAGCCCGUCUGGGAGCUUCUGCUUUUCCAAAUGUGCUCACUCCUGACAGAAUCCCUGAAUUCUGCAUUCCCCCUAGGCUGACCAGCUCUGGCUCCAUCAAGGGCAGUGGCUUUCACCAGGAUCGCAGUUCAGUGAAUGCAGCUCUUACUUCUGAUUAUAGCCCCAGGUCUUUCCCACAUCUUAUUCAGGUGGAAAGUGUUGAGGAGGAGAUCACAGCCCUGGAGGAAGAAAGCACCAAUGCGGACCCACAGUCCCAAGCAGCACUCUCGCUGCCCCACUUUGCCAGAGCCCCCACUUCCUAUGGCUUCUGCACUUUGCUGGAGAGUCCCCACACCCGGAGAAAGGAGUCUAUCUUCCAUGGUGAUCCACGUGGUGCUCUGCCCAGCCUGAAGCUGUCUCGAUCCAGAGCUAACACCUUCAGUGGCAAAGGGAGUAUGUCUAAUCCCAUUGCUAUCAGCUUUGCUUCUGUGAGACUGCCUCUCAAGCACCUCUCUCUGCGAAGGCAGGGUGCCUGUGACAGUGACACUGCCUCCUCCAGUGAUUCCUCUCCUUUCAGUUCUCCACUUCUGAGCAGGUCACCUCCCAGACCCUACUCCCUGACCAAAGCACAAAGUCAGGAGGGAUUGCUCUGCAGAGCACUAAAAGCCAAGAGCAAAUCUAGUAUGGCCAGGAACAAUUCUCUCUCUACAGAGGAGAGCAGCUCCACUGAUAACAGCCCCAGUGCCAUGAGGAGGGCUUCAGAGGGGCUGCUUGGCAUGCGGAGCUUUAGCACCUCCUGUUCUCCCAUCUUCCCUCUGGACCUGACCCACAGUCGGGAGAGACUGGUGGGAGAGAGCACCGUGGUGAUGGACAAGGGAGGUGUGUUGAGGCUGUUGGCUGAAUACUGCUCAGAGAACGAAAGGCUGCGGAUCCGCCUGAUCAGUGCAGAAGGUUUAUAUGAUGAUUCUGUGGAGCCUAAAAACAUAAACUGCUGUAUCUCCUUCUCCCUGGUGCCAGGAAAAACACAGAAGCAGAGAAGCACAGUUAUAAAGAGAAGCAGGAAUCCCAUCUUCAAUGAGGACUUCUUUUUUGAUGGCGUUGCAGCAGAAGAGCUGUACAGCCUCUCUGUCAGGAUGAAAGCAACAAACAAAGGGUGCAGUAUGAAACGGGAUUAUACCUUAGGAGAACGGGAAUUGUCUUUAACGAGUAUGUUGUCAGUGUAAUGUUUCAAAUAUUCAAACAAAUUGUCUUCUGAAAGUUUUCUACUAAAUAAAGUUUUGGGUUGACUUUUA